GGAAACCUGAACAAUUACAACAACAAAAAUAAUAAUAAUAAUACCGACUUUCAGUGUUUGUUUUUUUUUAACGAAAAACAUAAUAGUGUAUUGAGAUCUUCCAGCAUCAUGGAGGCUAUGAGGAACUCUGGAAGUCGCUUACCAUGUGAAAAAAAUCAAAUUUGGUAAUCACGGACAAUAAGGCUGGAUUGCACGGGAAAAGCGAAAGUUGAAAGGCUGUGAGCGGGAUGUCCGUUGAUGAGAAGCCUGGAGCCCCCAUGUACGUGUAUGAGUCGACAGUCCACUGCACCAACAUCCUCCUGUGGCUGAACGACCAGCGGAGGCGGGACAUCCUGUGUGAUGUCACCGUCCGUGUGGAGGGCAAGGAGUUCCGUGGCCACCGGGCCGUUCUGGCCGCCUGCAGCGAGUAUUUCCUGCAGGCGCUGCUGGGACAACCUGAACGUGAGCUCACCAUCAGCUUGCCUGAGGAGGUCACUGCCAAGGGAUUCGCCCCAUUACUGCAGUUUGCCUACACCGCCAAGCUGCUGCUCUGCAGGGAGAACAUCCAGGAGGUGAUCCGCUGUGCCGAGAUCCUGCGCAUGCACAACCUGGAGGACUCCUGCUUCCGCUUCCUGGAGGCACAGCUGCGGAGCGAGGAGGACGGCGUGCUGCUCUGCCGCAAGACGCCGUCCUCGACGGGAGACGACGACGAGGGUGCGCGACCUGAAGCUGUCUCGGUCUCCCCCUCCUCCUCCAACCCCCCGCAGUCCGCACCGGACGACCUCCUGGGGACAGACUUUCAGAAACACGUCUCCUCUGACCUCCCCCGCUGCCCCAAGUACAGGAAGUACCAAUGGGCCUGCACCAAGCAGAACAACGACACCUCUACAUGCACCAGUACCUCAGGUUUCGAGGAGGCCACGGACCGGUCUGACGGCGGGUCGCCGAGAGUGGCGGUACUGCAAGUCAAGUCGGAACCGGGCACCGAAGACGAGAUGGCCCCGGCAUGUCUGUCCGUCGAUGAACUGGAGCCCGCCGACAGGGACGGCGUGUCUGCAAUGGACACGGACGAUGGGCGGUGUAGCCCCUCCUUGGUGGACCUGCCCAAGGGCCCCAAGUUGGCCCCCUGCCUCCGCUCCUUCUUCAGGAGGGGCGUCGACCUAGCGGGUCUGCCUGGCACGCGACAGCUGUUCGCCGACAGCAGGCUCCCCCGACAUCAGGGCAAAGCUGCGUCUCAGGGCGACUGCAAAAACGGACGCGGGCCUUUCUCUGAUGCCGAACUGGAGCUGCCGCCGGUAUCUCUCGGAGAGACAGGCGACCCGGCCUGGAAGCAAGACGUGGACCCGGACCGGCGGAGCGUCAUCUUCGCCCCGGGGGGUUGCGAACCAGCAAACUCCUACCACGGCCGGAACUCGCUGGAAAAGGAGCACACAGCCAAAGGCUUGUGGGCCAGCAGCAGCCAGUCCCUGCCCUGCUCCCAGGCCUACUCGCCCGCAGAAGCUUCGUUGGUGUGCCGGCCGCGUCCCAACACCAGCUGCCCCGUGCCCAUCAAGGUGUGCCCCCGCUCCCCGCCCUCGGAAGCUCGGACCAGGACCUCCAGCUCGUGCUCCUCCUACUCCUACGCGGAGGACGGGAGCGGGGGCUCGCCCUGCAGCCUGCCUCAGUUUGAGUUCUCCUCUUCCCCCUGCUCCAACCCCGCCCGCUGCCUGGCUGCCGACCCACAGGAUCAGGGGGCCGGGGGCGACGGCGUCUUCACCACGGCGCACGCCAAAAUUAAGUGCGAGCGGUCGUACGGCAUGAACUCCAGCGAUGAGUCGGGGUCUUUCUCUGAGGGGGAUAGCGAGUCGUGCCACCUCCAGGGGCAAGCGCCAGAGGUCAAACUUCCUUUCCCAGUUGAUCAAAUCACAAAUCUUCCACGGAACGACUUCCAAAUGAUGGUAAAAAUGCACAAACUGACCUCAGAACAGCUGGAGUUCAUCCACGAUGUGAGGCGGCGCAGCAAGAACCGAAUCGCAGCGCAGCGUUGCCGGAAGAGGAAGCUGGACUGCAUCCAGAACCUGGAGUUUGAGAUCCGCAAACUGGUGUGUGAGAAGGACAAGCUCCUAACAGAGCGAAACCAGCUGAAGGCAUGUAUGGGGGAACUCUGGGAGAACUUCUCCUGCCUCUCCCAGGAGGUGUGCCGGGAUGUCCGACUGAGCCCAGAACAGGUUCAGUCCCUGAACCGUUACUGCCCUGCCCUGCGUCCCGUUCACGUGGCCUCCAGCCCUGCCCCUGCCACAAGCAUCGACCUCACCAUCAACCCUGACUCCCCCACACCUGAACCUACCGAUACCCCCAGUUCCCCCCACCCUCCAGAGACCGAGUCUGGUUCUGCCCACUGGGGGCCAGGUAUUGGGGCCAAUGGGCUUGAGGAGACAGGGUCAGGGGAGGGGCAGGACCCAGGCCCCGCCCACUCAGAAGCAGGGCCACCUAUAGAACAAAGCAGUUCCACAGUAACGGUGGAUUUCUGCCAGGAAAUGACUAAUAAAUGCACGACUGAGGAGCAGCCUAGACAGGACUAUGCCUAGUAAUGUCGGGAAAUAUUUAAUUUCCUCAGUUGUUUUCUGUAUGUUCGUUACUCCUCUGCCUAGCAGUUGAGUUAGGCAGCUUCUACCAGUGUUCUUCUUCUUUUUUCAAAUGAUUUUUAUUUUUUAAAGUUGACACUACCAUUGUCUUAACAGCAGCAAUACCCCAGGUGUUUUCUUUCACCCUGGGACAGUGGGGGGAAAAACUCUUAAAAUGGUGCUACUCUCUCACUAUGUCCCAGGGCUCCUUUCACAGUGAAAAUUCUGGGCUUUCGGUUUUUGUUUUGUUUUUGUUUUGUUUUCCCUGUGUUGUAUUCACUUCUGAAUGGUAAUGGCAAGAAGGCCACAUGUCAUAUUUUCAGACCUCCUGCAGCUAUGCUGUCUUCAGCUCUCUCUCUCUCUUUCUAUCUCUCUCAGUAAUGAAAUCUCAGGAAAUCCUCUGAAUGUUCAGUAUUCUUCAUGAAAACACACUGACAAUGCAUUACACAGCAGAUAAACUGAGCAGGUUCAUAUGCAAUUUUUAAUUCUUUUUUUAUAAUUCUUUUGCAUUAAUUUACUCAAAAAACUUACAUUUAUUGUGCAGAUUUUCACAUUUAAACAUUCCUAUUUUGCGCUGAUGUGAAAGAAAGAACAGUAAAAGAAAAGAUAAGUAAUCAUUAUAAUGUUGUUGAAAGCUUCCCCACAUAAAAUGUUUUUUGUUUUUUUUACAUAAAGUAUUCAAGAGCUUUUUGCUAGAUGUUGUUUGGUAAAUGUAUAUGUUGUGACAUGGUGGAGUGAUCUUCUUGCAUGGUGACCUCUGUUACACAAAAUUAUUUUUCCCCUUGCUCCCCAAAUGGGCAACACCUUGCAGGGAUUUAAAAUUAUUUUAAAAUUAUUUUUCCCCAAUCUACAUUUUUAGUAAAUGUAAUAUAAGGCAUUUGUUUCUCUAUGAUUAUUUCCUACUCUCAGGAUCAGCAUUUUUACACUUACUCCAUACUCCAAUGAUUUUUGCACAUCUCACUAGGAUACCAUAGAUAUUCACUGGCAAAGUUACUGUUGGAGGCAAAAGCAGAAGCAAAAGCAGUUGUAUAGAUAAGAUUUUUACCAACAAUUACAGAAAGUGUCAUUUAAACUGUCUUAUUCUACAUUGUGUCACUUUUGUGUCAAUGUGAAAACUUUGAGGAUCUGUGAAGGUGGUUGAGUGUUUCUAAACAUAGCUCUGAAAAGCAAUCUUGUUGGAGGGAAAUAUGUAUUUAGAAAGAAAAGUUACCAUACUGAAAUUGUCUCCUUUUCUGACCAUUUUAAAAUAGGGGAGAUAUUUCCGGAUAGGAAGAGGAGGAUUAAACCGAAGGAAGCUAUGGAAAAACUUUUUCAUGAGAAAAACUUUUGCAAAACCAGAUGUACCCAUGGAAAAAUAGUCGCCUGUUGACUUUAAUGGGCAUUUGUUGCUUCCCCUUCCAGUAGCACUCCUGCCGCUAGAUUAGCACUUCAAAACAGGUUGAUUUGGGGCUCCCAGGUGGCUUAGUUGGUAAAGGCACUUGAGUUUUAGGUUUGCUCUACAGUCCCAGGCUUGGUCUUUGCUAUGUCGACUAUAAAGGAAUAGGAAUCCACAGCAGCAGGGUACAACUGGCUUCGUCCCCCCAGGGGUCAUCUGACUUUAAGUCAGCAAGGGUUCCUUGGGUUACCACUCCAUUAGUUCCUCCUAAAAACACCCCAAACACAUAUGUCACUGAGGAUUACAAAUCUCUUCUAAUCAGCACUGACUCAAUUGUACUAUGUACUGUACAUUGUAAGGUGGAAAACAGUCCCUGGUUUGUAAGCACAUGUACCGGAGGAGGUCACGCAGUUCAGCUGUAGUGCUCCUUGUGUGUGAUCGCUUGCGGCAUAUUGGAAACACGGGAGGUACAGUUGCCAAUUCAAAGUUUGGGAGAUAAAGAAAAAAGGGAAACAUUGUUCAUUUUAGAUAUGGUAACCGUACAGUCUGAAAUGAAAAGCACUGAAGCAGGCACUUAAAAGCUCCCAGUAAUCAACUGUUCAAUCCAAAUGAAGAAAAAAUUGUAGAUAUUGUUUGAAUAUCUGUCGCACAGUGAUAACUUGCCAUAAUUGGAAACAUUGUGAAAAUAUGUUGGCCAUUUUUGCGGUACUUGUGGCUCAUGUGUUCUUCUGUUUUUUUGUGAUUAUAACUGUCCACAGCAGAAUUAUUUGAAAUUAGUCCAUUUGAAAGUAUAAUUCCCUACUUCCUUAGAAUUUUAACUCAAAUAAUUUGAUAUGCAAGAUUUAUUCCCAUCCAUUAUUAGGAAUGUGAAGCGUUAGUUACCCCAUAGGUGUCAACAGCUAAGCAAUAUCAGAGAUAACUACAACUGAAACUGAAAUUAAUUGUAAAUCAAACUUAAAUACAUUAAUAUCUUAUUUCAUUCUGUAUUCAAAAAGGAAUCAUCCCUUGUUAAAAUAUGAUUUUGCUUGUAGUGCAAUGAACAAAACUUUUAGAGGCGUUGUUGGAAUUGUAGUCAAUACAUCCUGAUGUUGAAGUUUUUGGAGUAUGUGAGAGUUUGGUUAAAUUUGAUUAACGGUUGCAAAAACUCUGAAAGCCCAUACAUUAACUGAGGCUACACUGUGCGGGUGUGUGCGUGUGCGGGUGCAUGUGCGUAUGCAAUGGAAUUCUUCUUAAUACCAUAUGUCCUCACAGGAAAUUAAUUUUGUUCCAAGCUGCUACAUGCACAUAUGUCUGAGCUUUGCCUCUGAUGUACAGUGAUUUGGCUCUGUACUCCACAAUUUUAGAUUCAUAUUCAAACAGUUCACAUGUGGUUCACUUUCUCAUCUUUUAUUUACGGUUAUUAUACACUCAGUGAGCACUUUAUUAGGUUUUAUUUUUCUUCUUCUUUUCUUCUGCUGCAGCCGAUCCACUUAAGAGGUUUGACACAUUGUGUCUUCAGAUAUGCUCUUCUGCAUACAACUGUUGUAAUGUAAUGUGUGGUUAUUUACGUUACUGUCACCUUCCUGCCAGUUUUGACCAGUCUGACCCUUCUCUGAACUUUCUCAUUAACAACGUGUUUUUGCCUGCAAAACUGCUGCUCACUGGAUGUUUCUUUUUCCAUACCAUUCUCUGCAAACUCUAAAGACUGUUGUGUGUAAAAAUCCCAGCAGUUUCUGAGGUGCUUAAACCACCCUGUCUGGCACUAACAAUCAUUCCAUGGUCAGAGUCACUUAGAUCACAUUUCUUCCCCAUUCUGACAUUUGGUCUGAAAAACAUCUGAACCUCUUGACCAUGUCUGCAUGCUUGUAUGUAUUUAGUUGCUGCCAUAUGAUUGGCUGAUUAAAUAUUUGUACUAAGAAGCUGAUAUAUAGGUCUACCUAAUGAAGUGCUUAGUGAGUGUAUACACUUUGGUUUCACCAUGUAGAAAUUACAACAUUGUUUAUGCAUAGUCCUCCAAUUUCAAGGCAACAUUAUGUUAGCUCAAUAAAUUGUUCUUCAUGUGAAUUUUGGUCCCAUCUGUCCACUAGAUAUUUUUCCAGAAUACUGCAGGCACUUCUAGGUAUGUCUUAGCAAGCUGAAACCUGGCCAUCCUAUUUUUGCAGCUAGCUAGUGGUAGUUCUGCUAAUGUUCUGUCAGUGUAAGAUCCACAUGUUUGCUUUGGUGAAAUUUUGGUUAUGGAAAAUGAGGAGACAAAGAAAUAUGAAUCUAAGAAAAAACAACUCAGCCAGCAUAUGCUGGUCAUGCCUGUUAAUUUGCUUUUUGUUUUUGAAAUGCGCCUGAGACAUAAUCUUCCACCUUAAAAGCACAUAGCUAAAAUGUAAAUAAGAAUAUAAAGAAGGCUACCAAAAACUUUUUCAUUGAAUUUGAGAGACUCCUGUAUUCAGAAAUGAUAAGCUUCAUUUUUAUAAAUAUAACUACUGGUAUUACGACAGAAUGGCAAUGGGUGCGACACUUUUUUGUGGAGGGGGGAUUUAGGCCUACUUAUUAAAUUGAGAAUCAGCUUUGCUCUAACAGUUGCCAGAUUCACAUUGUGCUGCUUGCCGCAUGUCACACCCACAAUGCUGAGUCACUAUGUCAUUCUUCUGGCAGCAACUGCUAUUGUUAUUAUUUGAACCACCAUUAGAGUUUUGCAGCAUGUGUUCCAGAAAACACAGAAUGAUUGUGCUUGCACAUUACAGUGUCAUUGUUGUCUUUAAAAAAAAUAAAGCUGUGUUCUCAGCACAGCAAGGCAUUGAAAACCAGAUCCUAAGCUAACUGAGAUACCAUAAUCACUCUCUUGUUCUAGCUCUGAUGAUGAGUGAUGUCAUCAUCUGAUGUAUUGCCUCCUGUUUUUCCUUUCUGCUGCUUUAGCCAUUCAAAAUUGAAUAUCCUCUUGCUAGUAUAACGUGGAAGUCAGAACUUAGUGAUGGUGAGUGCGUUAGGAUGAGAUGGAUAGAAGGUGUAGUUAUUGGAACUUAUGUUUUUUGCAAAGAAUCCAAAGUGCAAUCACAAUUUUCCUUCAGCUGUUGGCAUGUUAGCCAGCUAGCUAGCAUAGAUAGCUAUUGAAAACUGGUAUAGUGCAAAUAGUGGGCUUCAAGCACACCUGAAGUAAAGAAGCAGAAGUGUAUGUAAAGUGCAUUCUAAAGGGUGAUACCUUUAAGAAAUAUGAAGAACUGAGAACUUCAUUUAUCUGGCCAAGUAGUGCAGUACUGUUUUGUUCUACUGGCGAAUUGCAUGUUAAACAUAUUCAAAAUAUGACACAUUCAGGGUUUUGUUUAUGAGAGAUGGUAAAUAGACUGAUGCUUCCUGAGUGUCUGGUUAAGGUCCGGUAAGUUGGAGGAAUGGUCACUGAGCCUUAUCCAGAAUUUAAUUUCCCCCUUCUGCUUCCCAGGCCUUGCUUUGCGGAACAGAUUUUCUACCUACUGAAAUUGAGAUUUUUUGCUCAUUAGGGGCAACACUCUCUGCAUUUCUUGAAGCUAAAUACUGUUUGGCUUCUUGUCUUGUUGUGAAAAUUCAUAACAGGGCAUGGGAGAACAUAGACCACUCCCAGCAGCACCGCACUGGAACUUCAUGUUACCAAUCUGAACCUGAAGUAGAAUUGAGGUGUGGGAAUUCAGGAGCUGGAUGGCUGAUCUGUAAAUAGAAUAUCUAUGUAUAUUGAAUACUGUAUACAUGCUAAAGCCGCCCCAAUAAAGGAAAAGAAAAGAAAGGUCUCUCAGGUCUCCCCAAGUCCACAGGCUUCCCUUAUAUCCCAAAUAAGCACGCACUCCCAUGCAAAGAUAACACAUUGAGGCAAAUCAUGUUCCUGUUGAGUAGCAGUCAUACUGUAUGCUCUCUAAAAUAUUCUCAGGGUGCCAAUGGUACUGUAUACAGUAUACUUGUAUCAAUCGCUUGUUCUGUAACAGACUUUUCUACUGUUGAUUGCUUGCCAUUUUUUAUUUUGAAAAACCGAUCCUCCUCCUCCUCUACUUCCUGCAUUUUGUAAUACCUGAACUGGUCAUCACCUGAACAUGCGAGAAGAUUAGAUUUGCACAGUGUAGAUAAAUCCCAAUUAAGGGCUACAAUGAGCACUCUUCUUUUUAUAUAUUUGAUUUUAAAUCGCAUAAGAAAUUGUCAUCGGGAAGGUAUUCCUAAACAGAAGGCUAUGUAUGGCUCUCUUGAUCUCCAUAAUUUUUACAAACCAAACAUAUUCACAACAAUGUGAAUUUCUUUCCAGGCCAUGCUAAUUUAAUGAUGAACUAUGUAUUGUGUUGUGAAGGCCACAGAGCCACUUUGACUGAAUGCAAGGGUCACUCACCCUCACCAACAAGAUUUCUGUUUUGUUUUUCAUUUUGUUUGUUUGUUCAGUUUUCCUACAGUUACUGGUUUCAUAUAGGGGCAGGGGUUUGAAAGAACACAAUGCCUUUAAAAAACAGUUGCAGAACUUUAUAAUUUAGCUGCCUGUGUUCUGGCCGUACACAUGACAUCAGAUCAUUCAGUGGAGGAUGAAUGUUUACAUACAGUAUACUGUAUUGGUGUCAUGUUGUUUUGUGUUAAUACUGAUGUUUUCCAUGUACUGUAAAUGGACAUCACUAGAUUUGGUUCUGUGAGGUGUUAUUGAAUCAUGUAUGAAACUGAAAGGAAAAAGUCCAUUGCAUUAUUAUGCAUUUCACAGCCUGUCUGAUAAUGGGACUAGUCGUCUCGGAAGGACAUGACAGCACCUCCACUUUUUUGCCUUAGAACUCCCAGAGGCCAUAUUCACAUUCAGGUGAAAUGAGUGUAUGCAGGGGCAUGUGCCCCCAUCUCAGAGUCAAUGGAACAGACUUUUCCUCACAAGUAUCUACCUGUAAAAUCCAUCAUACCUCUCAUUACUGAUCAAUGACUGUAUCAAGAAACUGCAUCAGGUGUUUUUUCUAUAUUCGUUUUACACAGACUAUGGCAUUUAGUGGAUUUUGGUGAGUCAUUUUUUACCGUACUGGUUCUUAAGCUUGUAGGCAAAAUAUGUUUUUCUUUUUUUCUUCUUGUAUGAACUGUAUUUUGUGUUACUUUACUCAAACUGAGAUAGCUGUUAUUUGCAUAUUCUGUUACUAGGAAUUUCUACCUUUUUUAAUCUUUAAUUGUCACAUGAACCUAAUGAAUAAUGAUUUCCUGUACCCAUUGUAAAUAGAGUAUUGUGCAAAAAAACAUAAAAAAACAACCUUUGUAUUUGAAUUGCAAGUGUUAUAAAAUGAAAAUACAGACUUUUUUUGUUGCGACACCAUUUCUGUUCAUGAAAUAAAGAACAUAUCAUCUA